UAAUACAAAACACACAUAUUUAACUCGAGUCGUUGUUUACUGCAUGUAUGUUAUGUCCAUAUACAGUUCAAUACAUGGCCGUGCAAUCGCCCGGGACACACCUCCGGUGAAUACGCGUACAGACAACAGGUACAGACUUACCCAAGUCAAGAUGAACUGUGAGAACCUACUAUACCUCUGUGCUCUAUGUAGUAUCUAUACUACCAGCAUCAUACUCGCCAAGCAGGCAGACUACUAUGACGUGUUGGGCCUAAAGAAAGGUGCCACAGAUAAACAAAUCAAGAGAGCAUUCAGAAAACUAGCACUUAAGUUUCAUCCAGAUAAAAACAAGGAGAAAGGAGCAGAAGAGAAGUUUAGGGAAAUAGCUAAAGCAUACGAGGUCCUGGGAGACCCAGGUGAAAAGAAGCAGUACGACACGUACAUGUUUGACCACACAGAUGACCAGCAGUCUGGAGGUGACGGCAGUGGCUUCCCAUGGCAAAAGCUAUGUCUUAUAACAUUAAACUAUAUAUUAUUAAAUGUUUUAGCGAAUUUGAAGGCGGGAGUGAAGUGCCAUCUCAUAGUAUUUGUAUUGUAUUGUAUCGCUUUUUCUUUUUUGUAGAUUUCUUUAUUUCUGGUUUCUGUACAGGACUGUUCUCAGGCAUGUUUCCAUCUUCAUUGUUAACAUCAGGUUCAAUUUCAAUAUCUUCCAUCAUAUUUUCUUCAUCACCUUCCGCUGUCAAAGAUAGAUCAAAAAGUUGCAUACGUACCAUUGAACAGGUAUAUAUCUAUCUGUGUAUAAGACAGCAACAAUCAGUCUGUGAACUCUACUGAAAUCCAGAUGAUUCAAACAUUUUAGUAUCAGAAUAAUGAACAGUGAAAUAAAUAAAAGAAUA